AAUGGCAAGGUAAUUGUUUCAUAUACAUAUUUACAGCUGUAUGCUAGUAAAUUUCGCAGUCAAGUAACUGAAAGCAACAACAAAAAGCAGCAUAUAAUCAACUAGCGCUUGCUGAUCAGCACGCUGAGAGAAUGAAAUGAAAAGUCAAUGUUAAAAUUUUAUAUAAAAAAAUAUAUAAUAGAAAAAUAGCAAUAGAGUCGCCGGUGAGCUCCAUUAUGUGUGUGUGUAUCGCAGUGUGUUUAUGCGACAUAUAACUCUGCGUGGAGUGCUGUUGACGCUCUGUAGGCUGCUCGGGAGGUUAGUGAGCACAGCUGUGCGGUGGUUAUAGCAACAGCUCAAGCCACCUUUCUUUUCCAGCGCCUGUUUAUUCAGUAAGAAAACUACGCCGGCAGUGAGAGGGCGACUAAAAGAACGGCUACAGCUACAGCCAGCUAAAAACACUUGCCAUACAAUUUAUAGAAUAUACUAGACCUUCUUUUUUGGAGUAAAGUAAAAGAGUAAAAAAGCCAUCGCAAUUUCCGCAAUGCAAACGGCAACAAAGUACCUGAGAUACGCACAGCUUCUUGCCAGUGUUGUGCUCGUGGCCUGUGUGACCACCGCGGCGGCCAGUUCCUGCGCCGGCUGCGUGGAUUUGGAUGAGCUGAACUUCGAUCAGACGAUUGAGCGGUUUCCCUACGCGCUAGUCAAAUUCGAUAUCGCCUUUCCGUAUGGCGAUAAACAUGAGGCCUUCGCGGCAUUCUCGAAAACUGCGCACAAAGUCACGAAAGAGCUGUUGGUGGCCACUGUCGGUAUCAAAGACUACGGCGAGAAUGAAAACAAAGAGCUGGGUUUGCGAUUUAAAGUGGACGAUAAGAGCUUUCCGGCUAUUCUGCUCUUCAAGGCUGGCAAGUUGGAGCAGUUUGUGCGUUUUCCCACACACUUGGAUGUGACAUUGGACAAUUUGAAGCAAUUUGUGACGCAGCACACGGAUUUGUAUAUCGGACGCGACGGUUGUCUGAAGGACUUUGAAGAAUUGGUCAAGAAAUAUGCCAACAAAGCGGAUGACGAACAAGCGGCGUUGAUAGCAAAAGCAGAGCAAAUGUUGCAGGGUGUAGCAGGCGAUGAGACGAAGUCGGCGAGCGCCAAAGCCUACCUGGUUUAUAUGCGAAAAAUCAAUGAGAAGGGUUACGAUUAUGUGGAGGAUGAGACCAAGCGGCUGCAACGUCUGAAGGCUGGCAAGGUGACGGAUGCCAAGAAAUUGGAAUUGCAGCGAAAACUCAAUAUACUGGAGGCAUUUCGUGUGAACAAGCUGACGAAGUUGCAGAGCAGCGAUGAGCUCUAAAUCCAGGGCUACAAACAGUGCAGACGCUUGUAGUAUUGGCAUCAAGCAGAUAAAAAUUAAAUGAAGUGAAGUGUUUUGAAGCCAUGUACAAGUGCGUAGACAUACAUACAUAUGUAUGUACAUACAAAUACAACAAAAACGUAAUGUAGUUAUUUAAGUGUGUGUGUGACGGGACAAAAGCGGCAAUAACACAACAAUUGAACGGUGAAAAGCGUUUUUAAUGCGUAGCUUUGUGCUUAGACUAAAUUAUAUUAGUUAAUACAUAUGUAUGUAUGUAUGUAUGUAGAUAUGUAUGUACACAAUAGUUUAUUUUCGUUUCAUUUAAUAAAUUAUUUGUUAGAUUUAUAUAAAUAAACCGUAUGUAUGUGUGCGUA